AUGGGCCAUCACCGGACCGCGGCCCACUAUUCGGGCGGCACCGUGUCCGAGUACUUCAUACCGCGCAGCGCCAGCGCGCACGACCUGUGCUCGGCCAUCGAGAUGCAGAAGAUCCCGCCACCACUGCCGCCGUCCGCGUUACGGACGGCCGCGGCCACGCUCGCCCGGCCACCCCGUCAGCCGGCCACGUGCCGCGACAAGAUGGUCACGUUCGAGGACGAGAAACGGGCGGCGUUCGACCACCAACAAUCGCAGCUGCAGCAGCACCGCCGCCAGAACCAGCAUCACAGGUCCAGUGGAGAUUUGAUCGUUUAA